AUGAAUCCAGAAGAAGACAAAGGAUCCUACGAAAGUAUUACACUUGCCGAUGGGUCAACCACAACCGUAUUUCUCCCCCCCCGUUUCGAGAACUCAAACCCAAAUCCGUUGUUUAAAAACGCUCCUCGCGAGCGUCGUCGGUUUAAUUUCUGGCUGGAACCCAUUGAUGAUAGGGGGAACCCACAUUUUGUUAUUGAACUAAGCCCUACGGCUGACCCGGGACUCACCACUUUGGCUUUCAUAUACGGUGGUGGGAAAGGGAUUAUGGUAGCUGUUCAUCAUAACGGUUAUUUUCCAUGGUGGUCGGAUUCUCACAUUGUGCCCCGUGAUAAUGCUGUUGACCUUAAUUCUCACAUCGGCACUGUUUCUGGAGUUCUUCUCCCUGAUUUUCUCAGACGUCUGAAAUUAAUGUGCCUCAACUAUGAAGAGAAGAAGAAGGGCAAAAGAGCUUCUGUUUCAAAUGUAUCGCAGUGGAUGGUGGACCACCUGCGUUCCGAAAAGAAGGUGAAGCCUUCGUUGUUUUGUGGGGCGGGAUUGGUCGCAGGGUGGGGUGAAAAGGGUCCUGAAUUAUAUCGCGUGGACAGUGAAGGGGUACAGCUUAAAGGGGAAAUGUUGGCCACCGGAUUGUUCCCGCAUGCAUAUGCUGAUGCUGAAACCCUUGGUUACCGUCAAGAUAUGUCAUUCCAUGAAGCUCAAAAGUUGGCCAUAGAAGCGAUACGCCGCACUGCGUAUUCCUUGCAUUAUAAUGCUCCUUUCGCAAGCGUGUACCAUGUAGGACCCGAUGGGUUGAGGACACUCCAUGAUAUGGUACCUGUAGAAGACUUCAACCGCAACACUGGGCAGUAUUUCCCUCAAUGA